AUGACGGAGUGGACGCUGCUCAAACGCCUCCUGGAUGCUGUCCACCAGCACUCCACCAUGAUCGGGCGCCUGUGGCUCACCGUCAUGGUCAUCUUCCGGCUGCUCAUCGUCGCCGUCGCGACCGAGGACGUGUACACGGACGAGCAGGAGAUGUUCGUGUGCAACACGCUGCAGCCGGGAUGCUCCAACGUCUGCUACGACGCCUUCGCGCCCAUCUCGCAGCCUCGCUUCUGGGUCUUCCACAUCAUCAGCGUCUCCACGCCGUCCCUCUGCUUCAUAAUCUACACGUGGCACAACCUGUCCAAGCUGCCCCACAGCACCACCCAGAGGCAGGGGCCAGCCGACGUCCCAGGGCAGCAGGCGGAGGUGGGUCAAGGCGGCGGACGGGAGGUGUACGAACGCAGCUGCGACUCAGACAGCUGCUCCAUUCGCUCCCAUAAACAUCUGGGACACAGUCUGGCGGAUGUUUUGGAGGGCAUCAACCCCAAAAGCCUCCAGAGGAUAGACCCAAACCACAUGGCGUCCCUGAGCCACGCCCGAGACUGCACCUUCAAGGAGGGGGAGGUCUCUGGAGGAGUCCUGUCCAAAUGUUACGUCUUCCACGUGUGUUUGCGGGCUGUUCUGGAGGUCGGCUUCGUCCUCGCUCAGUGGAAGCUUUUUGGCUUCCAGGUGCCCGUCCAUUUUCUUUGCACCUCGGCGCCCUGCAGCCAGCCGGUGGACUGCUAUGUCUCCAGACCCACGGAGAAGACCAUCUUCUUGCUCUUCAUGUUCUGCGUCGGCGUUUUUUGCAUCCUGCUCAACCUGCUGGAGCUCAACCACCUGGGCUGGAAGAAGAUCCGGCAGGCGGUGCGGCUGAGGGAGACGGCGUCCUGGAGAGGCUGUCCCGGGAUGAGAGCGGGGUAUGAAACCUUCCCUCCGGACAGCCCGUCUCCGACAUCCUCGUUAGGCCUCAGGGACGUGACCAGCACCACCUCGCUGCCCACUCUGGACCUGGUGGUGGGUCACCAGCCGGACUGGACCUGCGCUGUGAACUUUGGCAGGAUGAGGGAGCCGGAGGAGGUCAGAGGGACGAGACCGGAGAAACCGAAGAGACUGGACUCCCAGAAAGGAGAGACGCUGCCUCUGAAGAGUAAGAGGGGCAUCAGAGAAUCCAAACAGAGGAGCGCCGAGGUCUGGAUUUAA